UAUCCUGGGAUUCAGCGCAGCGCUGUUUUAAUGUAUUAAUCAGGCGGUCUAAUGCUAACUCUACAGGAGAUGGCAUUCAGUGUGCAUUAAGGCAGGCCUUAUCGCUGCGUGCACCCCAGGCGCACCGGGACGCGCUGUACAGCGGUGUAACAGCUAUUUUAUCGGGACGAGUAUCCAAGGCACGGCGGGUUGCGAGCGAGCUUUGACGCUCCGUAGAACCAUUUCGACCUCGGCCUGGGUUUCGCGAGCGUUGGGCCGGAUAGCCCGCCUCAGUGGGAAUGUCUGCGUUCUCGGAGACGGCUCUGGAGAAGAAACUGUCGGAGCUGAGUAACUCUCAGCAGAGCGUGCAGACCCUGUCCCUCUGGCUCAUUCACCACAGGAAGCACUCUAAGGUCAUCGUCUCCGUAUGGGACAGGGAGCUGCGUAAAGCAAAGCCAGGUAGAAAGCUCACCUUCCUGUACUUGGCAAACGAUGUUAUUCAGAAUAGCAAAAGGAAGGGGCCAGAGUUCACUAAAGACUUUGCACCUGUCAUUGCGGAUGCAUUUAAACAUGUUGCAAGAGAGACAGAUGAGAGUUGUAAGAAGCACCUAGGUCGUGUUCUCUCUAUUUGGGAAGAAAGGGCUGUGUAUGAGAAUGACGUCUUGGAGCAACUGAAAGUAGCUUUGUAUGGGGAAAAGAAGGCAAAGAAACGUGUUUAUGAGGAUGUGAAAGUAGAAGUAGAAGAAGAAGAAGAUGAUGACGAUGAUAGCUCCGUUAAUAAUUCCCCAGAAGCACCUCCACAGGCCACAGAUCUCAUACGUGCAUUACAGGAACUUGAGAAUGCAGCUUCUGGUGAUGCAGCUGUCCAUCAGAGGAUAAGCUCUUUACCUGUAGAGGUCCAAGAUGUUUCUCUUUUGGACAAUAUCACUGACAAGGAGUCCGGUGAACGGCUUUCCAAGAUGGUAGAUGAUGCCUGCAUGUUGCUAGCAGACUACAAUGGUAGACUAGCGGCUGAAAUCGAUGAUCGGAAACAGCUGACCCGUAUGCUGUCCGACUUUUUGCGAUGUCAAAAAGAGGUCCUUGAGGAGAAGGAACACCAGCUGGAAGAGUUCAAGCGCAAGCUGGGAAGAGUAUCACAGGUUCGGAAAGAACUGCGUUUACGUCUCCAGAACCUACCAGAUCUGUCUCGUCUACCAAAUGUUACAGGAAGUCGAGUUAAUUUGCCAUAUGCUGGAGAUCUCUACAAUGAUGACUGACAAUAAGGCCUGGGGCUAUGUGUCUGGCUACAGUGGUGUAGCUUAGAUUAGGCAAAAUGUGAGCAUUAUUUUUUUUAUAUUGUUGAAAGUGUGAAAUAGGCAAAACCAUUAUAAGAAAAAUAAACCAUGUCUAACGCGUUUGGUUUAUCUUAUUCCCAUUGUAGUUAAAGGCUUUAAGCCUUAAUGAUGGGGUUAAGCCAGUUUGUUUGCUCUGGAUAUUUAACUGUAUCUGUGAUAAUUUCACUAUUUAACUAUUUCACUAAUAGUUGAUAACUUUGUACAUUGUAGUUCAAUCUGUGAAUGAUACAUUUGUAUUCACUGUAAAUCUAAGGUUUGUAUUUAAAGUGUUAGCUGCAUAUAUCUCUCUGGAUAGGAUCCAAGUAAACCGAUGGCUGUCAUAGGUUUUGUUGAUAUCAACAAAUAUGAAAUGGCAAUGUAACAUUUUGUCUUAGGGUUUGAUAACUUACAAAAAUGUACAAAUAUUACAAAAAAAAAAAACUUUUAAAGUACUUGUAUGCGUUGUAUUUUGUUUAUUAUUAUUGCUGUACAUAUUUGCUGUUUUCAUAAUCACUGAAUGUAGAUGCAGUCUUAACCCUGUAGGUUUACAAAGAAGACAGUGUUUACACAACGAUGAGACCACUAUAGAAGAAA